UGCUUUUGUGAGUAUUACGGUAGCCCUGCCCCUACAUCCCUUUGCUCUCUGAUUGGACAGCGGCCGUCACAUGACCCGGCACGGCGGAAGAGGAGCUGGGCCGCAGAGAGACGGACCACUUGCAGCCUCCAGGAUGCAGAGCACCACUAACUACCUGUGGCUGAUCUCAGACCUGCUGGGUCAGGGAGCGACGGCCAACGUUUACCGCGGACGACACAAGAAAACAGGAGAUCUGUACGCCGUCAAGGUGUUCAACAACCUGAGCUUCCUGCGGCCGCUGGACGUCCAGAUGAGGGAGUUCGAGGUCCUGAAGAAGCUCAACCACAAGAACAUCGUGAAGCUGUUUGCCGUGGAGGAGGAGUCCAACACCCGUCAUAAGGUCCUGGUGAUGGAGUACUGUCCCUGUGGGAGUCUCUACACCGUCCUGGAGGAGUCGUCCAACGCUUACGGACUCCCAGAAGACGAGUUCCUCAUCGUUCUCCAUGACGUCGUGGCAGGUAUGAACCACCUGAGAGAGUACGGCAUUGUCCACCGAGACAUCAAACCAGGAAACAUCAUGAGGGUGAUUGGAGAGGACGGACGCUCCGUCUACAAACUCACCGACUUCGGAGCCGCCAGAGAGCUGGAGGACGACGAGCAGUUUGUCUCUCUGUAUGGAACUGAGGAGUACCUGCACCCUGACAUGUAUGAGCGUGCCGUGUUGAGGAAAGACCACCAGAAAAAGUAUGGAGCCACGGUGGACCUGUGGAGCAUCGGGGUGACCUUCUACCACGCUGCCACCGGCAGCCUCCCGUUCAGACCGUUUGAAGGACCGCGGAGGAACAAGGAAGUCAUGUAUAAAAUAAUCACAGAGAAACCGUCAGGAACGAUUUCAGGACACCAGAAGUGUGAGAAUGGAAAAAUCGAGUGGAGCACCGAGAUGCCCGUUUCCUGCAGCCUGUCCAAGGGUCUGCAGAGCCUCCUGACUCCCGUCCUUGCAAACAUCCUAGAGGCCGACCAGGAGAAAUGUUGGGGCUUCGAUCAGUUCUUCGCCGAGACCAAUGACAUCCUACACCGGACCGUGGUCUACGUGUUCAGCUUACAGCAGGCGACGCUGCAUCACGUCUACAUCCACGAGUACAACACGGCGGCGCUGUUCCAGGAGCUGCUCUGCCGUCGGUCCAGCAUCCCUCUCCACAACCAGGAGCUGCUUUAUGAAGGCCGCCGCCUGGUCCUGGACCCAAACCGCCAGGCCAAGACCUUCCCCAAGACCUCCAGAGACAACCCCAUCAUGCUGGUCAGCAGAGAGUCGGUCGCCACCGUCGGACUCAUCUUCGAAGAUCCCAGUCCUCCUAAAGUCCAGCCUCGCUAUGACCUGGACCUGGACGCCAGCUACGCUAAGACGUUUGCUGGUGACGUCGGUCAUUUGUGGAAGACUUCUGAGUCUCUGCUGGUUUAUCAGGAGCUGGUGAGGAAAGGAGUUCGAGGUUUGAUUGAGCUGAUGAAGGAGGACUAUAGCGAGAUUCUGCACAAGAAGUCGGAGGUUUUCCAUCUGUGUAACUACUGCACCCAGAUGUUGGAGAAAACCGAGCAGCUGUUCGAGGUGUUGAUGCAGGCCAACAUGCUGUCUUCAGAAUAUGACGAGAUCUCUGACAUGCACAAGAAAGUCCUCAGAAUUUCCGGCUCCAUGGAGCCGAUUGAACGAAACGCUCAGGAGAUAAAGACUAAGUUCCUCCCUGGAGGUCUGCUGACGGAUGUCUGGACGCAGCAGGUUGGGACGCACCCCGAGGACAGGAACGUGGAGAAAAUCAAAGUUCUGCUGGACGCCAUCACGGCCAUCUACCAACAGUUCAAGAAGGACAAAGCAGAGAGACGUCUUCCCUACAACGAGGAGCAGAUCCACAAGUUUGAUAAACAGAAGCUCGUUCUUCACGCCAGUAAAGCUCGCUCUCUGUUCACCGAGGAAUGUGCCAUGAAGUACCGGCUGUUCAUCUCCAAGAGCGAGGAAUGGAUGAGGAAAGUUCAUCACGUCAGGAAGCAGCUGCUCAGCCUGUCGGGUCAGCUGAUCAGCACCGAGAAGGAGGUGACCAUGCUGCUGGAGAGGGCCGUCAAGCUUCAGGAGCAGCUUCCUCAGAAGGUUCUUCCUCUGGUCUCCAGCGGCAUGAAGCCUCAGGCCUACCUGAGCCAGAACACUCUGGUGGAGAUGACUCUGGGGAUGAAGAAGCUGAAGGAGGAGAUGGAGGGAGUGGUGAAGGAGCUUGCAGAGAACAACCACUUCUUAGAGAGGUUUGGGACUCUGACGCUGGACGGAGGUCUGAGGGGCUGAAUGACGGCUGCUCUUUGUACAUAUUCAUCCUGUUCUCUGUAAAUAAACGCCCACAUGAAGCUUUUCUGUGAGAUUCCAGAAUGUCUGAAAUGUUUCAGCCGAGGAUCAACGAGGUCCUGAAGAAGUCCUGAAGCUCACCUGAAGACACAAAAACGCACGUUCCCCUGAACCACAGAGCAUCAGAUCACCCUAAACUCACCCCUAAACUCACUCCUAGACCUGAAGAAGACAUUGGAGAAAAGUGUAUUUAGUUUGGACUCUGUAUGAAUUAUUAAUAUUUAUUUGCUGCUGCUGAUUAAUUAAUACGUUUCAGGAAUUAUUUUUCAUUUUUACUCAGAUUUGGGACAAAUUUCUGCCACAUUUUUGGGUUAAAACACCUCGAAAAGUUUUAAUGAUUUCAAAAAUCUUUAAAAUUUGAGACAGUUGCAGUUUCUGUUUGUUUUUCAGAAAAAAAGUUUAUUUUAGUUCAAUAUCAUGUAGAAAGUUUUUUUUUUUUACUAUAUUUAAUGUUUUUAAAGAGUUAAACUUCUUUAAAAUUGACCAAAGGCUUUGCAAAGUGUAAAUUACAGCAAAUUCUGGUGACAUUUAGUCAGUUUUAAAGUGUUUUUACUCUUUAUUUACAUCUUGAAAAUGACCUAUUUAAAAUGCCUUAAUUCAAUAAAUCCAUCCCAUACUGAAUUAACAGAGACGUUAAGAAUCCAAACACUUUGAGCUACAGAUUCUGUGUUUUUCAUCAUUAAAUAUUAAAGAAUCUUAAACAUGUU